CACGCUUUCAAAUCCCAUGGCCGAAAAUGUGAUUCCCCGUAGCCAUGAGAUUCAGGCGCCAGAGAGAGAAGCCCAAAGUGUGAAGCAAACAAAGACCAUUCUCGAUAACUAUGAUUGAAGCCACGACCAACAAUAUUAUUCCUAUCUAUACAUAUAUAAAAUCAUAUAUCAAUCUCCAUAGGCGCCGAAGCUCAAUAUUCAAGUCUGAAAGCGUGUGAACGGACGACUCACCAGAUUGAUUUGAGUGAUCAGUAGCGAUGGCGUUGAGAGGAGGCGUCGCUUUGGUAUUCGCACUGCUGGUUUUCACAACAUGCUCGGCUCAGCGCAUCCAUAGACGAAGCUUUCCCGAUGGAUUCGUCUUUGGCACUGCCUCUUCCGCUUACCAGUACGAAGGAGCAGUGAAGGAGGGCGGAAGGGGACUCACAGUAUGGGACAAAUUUGCACAUUCAUUUGGAAAGGUGCUUGAUUUCAGUAAUGCAGAUGUUGCAGACGACCAGUAUCACCGGUAUCAGGAAGAUAUACAGCUGAUGAAGGACAUGGGAAUGGACGCCUACAGAUUUUCAAUCGCAUGGUCCAGGAUUUUCCCGAACGGAAGCGGGGAAAUCAACGAGGCAGGAGUUAAUCACUAUAAUAAGCUUAUCAAUGCUUUGUUAGCCAACGGAAUUGAACCAUAUGUAACUCUCUACCACUGGGACCUGCCCCAAGCCUUGGAGGACAGAUACAAAGGAUGGCUUCAUUCCAACAUCAUAAAGGACUUCACAAAAUAUGCAGAGACAUGCUUUGAGAAAUUCGGCGACAGGGUGAAGCACUGGAUUACGUUUAACGAGCCUCACACAUUCACCAUACAAGGCUACGACGUGGGCCUCCAAGCUCCUGGUCGCUGCUCCAUCUUGCUUCACCUCUUUUGUAGGGCUGGCAACUCUGCAACCGAGCCUUACAUUGUUGCGCACAACGUUCUUCUUUCUCAUGCUACUGUUGCAGAUAUUUAUGCAAAAAAAUACAAGCCGAAGCAGCUUGGAUCAGUUGGGAUAUCCUUUGACGUGAUCUGGUUUGAAUCAGCAACGAACUCCACAGACGACAUUGAAGCAACACAAAGAGCACAAGAUUUUCAAUUGGGCUGGUUCCUGGAUCCUCUGAUCUUUGGGGACUACCCGAGCUCGAUGAUUAAAAGGGUGGGAAGCCGUCUGCCCAGAUUUACGAAAGCAGAGUCUGCCCUUCUCAAAGGGUCGUUGGAUUUUGUGGGCAUAAAUCACUACACAACAUUUUAUGCUGAGCAAAAUACAUCUAACAUCAUUGGAGGCCUUCUCAACGACUCCCUUGCGGACUCCGGUUCCAUGACUCUCCCAUUCAAAGAUGGAAAACCCAUAGCAGACCGGGCGAAUUCUAUAUGGCUGUACAUAGUGCCACAAGGGAUGAGAAGUUUGAUGAACUACAUAAAGCACAAGUAUGGAAACCCUCCAGUCAUCAUCACUGAGAAUGGAAUGGAUGAUGCCAAUAACCCUUUCAUUUCCAUCAAAGAUGCCCUCAAGGAUCAGAAAAGAAUCCAAUACCACAAUGAUUAUCUUUCAAACUUGCUUGCUUCCAUCAAAGAGGAUGGAUGCAACGUGAAAGGGUACUUUGUGUGGUCUCUACUAGACAAUUGGGAAUGGGCGGCAGGAUACACUUCCCGCUUCGGCCUCUAUUUUGUGGACUUCAAAGACAAGCUCGAAAGGUACCCCAAGGACUCUGCCAAGUGGUUCAAGGCCUUCCUCACAUAAAAUAUGUCCUACAAUUGUCUCUUAUUUAUCAGUUCAAUAUAUGUAAUAUAUAAACUGCUUGUGUUUUAAUCAAUAAUCAAGGGAAAUUAAUACAUGAUUUAAUUUAUUAUAAUUAAGGU